AUAGUAGAGCAACGAAGGCGGUCAACAGAGACAGAGCGAGUCAGUUAACAGGGUUUUAACUCUUCUGUGAACGCGUUUCCACCGCAUUAACCAGGAGUAAAUAACUUCUAAAGGACUUUUUCUUUGACUUUUCUGGGAAAAUCAUCAUUAAAAAUCUGAAGCGCUAUUCCGCCUACAGGAGAAUGGACUUUUAUUAACUUCAACUAAACGGACCACUUUACAAAAUGCUGGAUAAGAGAGCCAUGGAGUUCGACUUGGAGGAAGAAGUCCGAGGAAAGAACGUGAAGGAACCCUUCCUCAGUCAGUAUCGCUGCGGUCCUCUGCUCGGCAGCGGAGGUUUCGGCUCCGUGUUUUCAGGCCAGAGGCUCUCCGAUGGACUACAGGUUGCCAUUAAGCAGAUUGCCGCUGACAGAGUUCAAAAGUGGACCAGACUGCCAGAUGAGGUCAAUCCCGUUCCGAUGGAGAUUGCUCUGCUGCAGCAGCUGUCAGAGGACGGGGGCCACCCUGGGGUCAUCCGCAUGCUGGACUGGUUUGAGGUGGAGGGGCGGGGCUUCCUGCUAGUGAUGGAGAGGCCGCCGCACUGCCAGGAUUUGUUCGACUUCAUCACGGAGAGAGGAGCGCUGUCUGAAAGCCUCGCACUCAGGAUUUUCCAUCAGGUGGUCGAAGCGCUUCGAUUCAUUCACUCCCGUGGCGUCGUGCACCUGGACAUCAAAGACGAGAACAUAGUGGUAGACACGAGAACGAUGGAUAUCAAGAUCAUAGACUUCGGGUCGGGGGCGGUGCUUAAGGACACACCGUACAGAGAGUUUCAAGGAACUCGGGUCUACAGCCCCCCCGAGUGGAUUGCAUCGCAGUGCUACGAGGCCGUCCCCCUCACCGUCUGGUCUCUGGGGGUUCUGCUCUUUGACAUGGUCUGCGGCGACAUUCCCUUUGAGCACGACAUGGAGAUUUACAGAGCCUGCCCCAGUUUCACCAGGCGGGUGUCUACAGGAUGUCAGUCUCUGAUUCGCUGGUGUCUCUCCUUCCAGCCGGAGGACCGUCCCACUCUGGAGGAGAUCCUGUCGCACCCCUGGAUGAAGGCAGGAAAUGACAAAGAGGAGGAGGAAGAGGAGAGGGGAGGCCUGCGGGAGGAGCACGGCUCCCUGCCCUGUCAAUCCCUGUGAAGUGUCGGGACUCUGGACUGUUAAGGACUUUAGGAUCGCCAAUUGGAUGCGUUCCUGAUCAGUUUCCUGUUUGUCACAUUAAACCUGGCGGCACCCUCGUCUGGAAGUUAUUUAUCUCAGCUGGUUUGCCUAUUUAUUGAUAAUUUAUUUUGGCCCGGAGUUCGUUCCAGCUGUUCCGGGACUGAAAUUUAGAAGUUCGGACGGACAAUGGCCCCCCCUACAGGACGGAGGUCACAUAAGUAAUCACAACGGAGCUGCUGCUGUGAUGGAAGUCGCUGAUCUGCAGCUCUUCUAAUAAUCUUUCGGGUCGUUUGAAUCGACUCCAAGGACGACAAACACUGACUUUAUUUAUUACUAUAACUUCUUCUUUCUUUUUUUUUUUUUAUGUGCCACAGAAGAAAUUCGACACAGACACCUGCUGUUACUUUACACCGUGAAGCUGAGUUUUUUGAGCUGAUACUGCUUCACUUUUGAUCUUAACACUGUUUUCAAAAGAAAUUCAGCCUCUUUAUAUUUAAUUUUUUUUUGUUUUUUUUGUUUGUUUUUUUAGCUGAAACCUGCAAGCUGUGACUUUUUUCAAUCACGCUUCAGGUCACUGGUGCCUCGUCAAAAAGCACAAAAAUGAGUCACUCUCAGUUUCAGCUUCGAUUUGUCAGUAAAAUGAAAAUUCUGUGUUUUUAAUAUGGAAAAAAGACUUUUUCAUUUUCUGAUGUGAAGGUGGUUUCAUGUUCAAGGUGGGGAUUUUUUUUUUUCCCCACGUCCUGUUUUUGUUGCAGAUGUGCUGCCUCUGUAGAUACUUAUGUAUUCAGUUUUUUCUAUGAUGAAAAAAAAGUGACUCAUCGGGUCACUUGGUUCAGUUUAUUUACAUUAAAUAGAAAGUUUGGAUCAAAAGCAAAACAAAACCGAUCCAACGUUUGAAUAAAAGAUUCAUUCAUUUCA